UUUGCAGAGCUCAGGGCCACCUAUGAAUCUGAAAGGAAGUCGCUUGAAGAUUCCUUUAAAGAGAAGCAGGAAUUGCUGGAGAAAAAAGUCAGUGAACUAAAAAGUGCAAAUGAGUCUCUGAGUGAGAAGCUGAAAUUAGAAGAACAAAAGCAAAUAGCCAAAGAAAAAGCUGAUCCUAAAAACCCACGGAUUACGUACCUGGAACAGGAGCUGGAAAGUUUGAAAGCCGUGCUGGAGAUAAAGAAUGAGAAACUCCAUCAGCAGGACAUAAAGCUAAUGAAGGUGGAAAGACUGGUGGAGAACUCCACAAUCUUAAUGGAGAAAUUAAAUAAGGUUCAGCAAGAAAAUGAGGAAUUAAAAGCUCGGAUGGACAAGCACGUGCAGCUUUCAAGGCAACUUUCUACGGAGCAAGCUGUUUUACAGGAGUCACUAGAGAAAGAGUCAAAAGUGAACAAGCGCCUGUCAAUGGAAAAUGAAGAACUUCUGUGGAAGUUGCACAAUGGUGACCUACGCAGCCCAAGGAAAGCGCCUCCCAGCUCUUUAUCUCUGCCUCUUGAGUCCCGUCGAAAUUCUGGUAACUUCUCUAGUCCCACAGUGUCGCCAAGAUGACAUCUCUUAAGAAAAAAAGGAGAUUGCAUUUCAUUUUUGAUCUGCAAAACCAAUCCUAACUGUCAUUACAGGAGCAAGACUGUAUUACCGGAUUAAGACAACUGAACUGGAAACUAUUUGGUGCGAAAACAACGUUAAGGGACUGUGAAUACCAGACUAAGACAUUCGCUUCUCCCAAAAAGACUUGUUUAUGACCUCUAUGAACAUUGUUGCACAAAGCACUUACAGAGCAAGGAAAGACUUGUUCAUUGCCUUUUCACCUAACUGUAAGAAGAAGCUCAGGGGCUUAGAGAUAAGAUCACAGCCUUUAUAUUAUGUUCUUAUCACUGACACUUUUGUAAGGCUGUGUGUGUGCAUGUGCUGUGGAUGGAAUGGAUGUAACACAUUUAUGUUUAAUGUUGCCUUCUUUGCUGUGUAUGUCAUCAAGGAUUAAAGCUGAA